GCCACCGCUCCAGCUCCUGCAGCGGCGCCCAUGAUAGGGAUGCCGGACUGCGACACAACCUGCGGCAACGUGAGCGUGCCGUAUCCGUUCGGGGUGGGCCCACCCCGUUGCUACCACUCGCCGGGGUUCAACCUCAGCUGCGACUGCAGAAGUGACCCCCCUUGGCUGCUGCUCGGCGACGGCGGCAUGCUGCAAGUCGACCACAUCAGCCUGUUGGAGUCCAAGGUUCUUGUCAAACGCACCGCCGGCGUCAGCGGCUCGUUCCGCGUUAACCUCCGGCCCUACAGGCUGUCAGCUGGCUCAGGCUCAGGCUCAGGCUCAGGCGCCGGGAAUGAGCUCAUUCUGACAGGCUGCAACGUCCGGGCAACGCUCAAGAACGGAGACGCCACUAUAGGCGGCUGCUCCUCCUUGUGCGACGACGGAGACGGGCCCUUGCUGUCCAGGCCUGAGAGCCGCAUGCUCUGCUCCGGCAUAGGCUGCUGCCACGUGGCCAUCGUCGUCAACCACCAGACGGCGGCGGUUUUCUCCUACGACGUGCAGCUGGAGUGGUUCGGUCGGAACCGCAGCGCCGACGAGGCACGGAUGCCGGCGCGAGUGUUCGUGGCCAGCGAGGGAUGGGUCGAGCAGAGGCGGGUUUUAAACCGUCUGUUGAAAAUCCCCUCCAAGGACGCUCCGGCGGUGGCGGCAGUGCCCCUUUGGCUGGACUGGGAGGUCGGCGUGGGCGGUGCUACGGCUGGCAGCAACAGCGAGUGCCACGUAGGUACGGGCGGUGCUACGGCUGGCAGCAACAGCCGGUGUAAAGAAGGUUACCAUGGCAAUCCCUACAUCACCGACGGAUGCAAAGAUAUCAACGAGUGCGAGCUGCCAGAAGACUACCCGUGCCCCGGUGACGGUAUAUGCAGGAACACGGACGGAGGGUUCGACUGCGAAUGCCCGCCAGGAACCCAUGGGAACGCAUCGUCUCCCGGUGGAUACUGCAUCCCUUUCGCCUCGGUCAAAGGUGCCAAUGGCGGUCCUAGCUGCAACAGGUCAUGCGGAGACGUGGCCGUGCCGUACCCGUUCGGCAUCGGCCCGGAGUACUGCUACCGUCCAGGUUUCAACCUCACCUGCGACUAUGGAAGCAGCAGCAGCAGCGAUCAACCCCCACGGCUGCUGCUCGACGGCUACGGGGCCUUCCAAGUCCAAAACAUCUCCAUCGAGAACGCCACAGUGAGCGUCACCAGCUCCGUCACCGUCAUCGACGCCGUCUCCAGACGUCCUUACUCAUUCCAUCUCGGUGAUUAUUUCACGGGCCAUGGGGACGCGUUCUACGCACUGUCGGCCGGCAACGAGUUGUACCAAUUGUCGGCCCGCAACGAGCUCAUCCUCGUGGGGUGUAACGUCCAGGCGACAUUGCUUGGGGGUUCGAGCAUCAUCACUGGCUGCGCCACCUUCUGCUCUGAGGACGAACCUGAAAGGAUGCCAAUUGCAAACAACGGCGGCGACAACAAGAACUGCUAUGGCGUGGGCUGCUGCCAGGCGCACAUCUCUUCGUCCAAGGACGACAUGUCCAACGAGCUGAGGCUCAUCUUCAGAUUCGCCGAUCACGAGCAAAAUGUGUUGCGGCCCCCUUACGCGCUGAUCGCGGAGCAAGGGUGGUUCGACAACCGCAACGUCACCCAUCAGCAGGUGCAGGCGCUUGGACACAACUCAAGGUCUGCGCCCAAGGUUCCUUUGGUUUUACACUGGGAGGUGUUGCAAUCGGCAGGCUUACCCGCUGCUGACGCCAACUCGUAUCCCGAUUGUGCUGCGGAGGCGGCUGCCGAUAUCUGCAAGGACAAGCACAGCUUUUGCCUACCAGGGAACAGAGGCUACAGUUGCCAAUGUAUGUUAGGCCACGGUAACCCUUACCUCGUCGACGGUGGCUGCGAAGAUUUAAGUGUGUCGAAUGUUGGUGAGCAACGCUGCAAGAUCAAUCAACUUAAUUUGAAACUACUGCAAAGUCUUGGUGGGGGUUUAUUUAUCUGGUUUGGAAUUAUCAUUUCUAUGACAUGCAUCGGGAUAUUCUAUUGUUUACUUCAAGUGAAACUAGAUGUUUUGAGGGGAAAUGCGUUAAAACGGAAGUUCUUCAAGCUAAAUCAUGGACAAUUGUUGAAACGGUUGAUAUCUCAAAGGGCUGGUGUUGCAGAAAGAAUGAUAAUGACCUUGAAAGAGCUAGAGAAGGCAACACAAAAUUUUGACAAAGAUCUUGAGGUUGGCAGCGGGGGCCAUGGUACCGUUUACAAAGGAAUUUUACUCGACCAACAUGUUGUAGCCAUCAAGAAACCAAACAGAAUAUUACAGAGAGAGAUUGAUGAAUUUAUCAAUGAGGUUGUCAUCCUAUCACAAAUCAACCAUAGAAAUGUAGUAAAACUCUAUGGUUGCUGCCUUGAAACUGAAGUUCCGAUGUUAGUCUAUGAAUUCAUAUCCAAUGGGACCCUUUAUGAGCAUCUUCAUGUCGAAGAACCAGAAUCACUGUCUUGGAGCAACAGGUUGAGGAUAGUCAUGGAGGCUGCCAAAUCUCUCGCAUAUCUUCACACGGCUGCUUCAACACCUAUCAUCCAUAGAGAUAUCAAGUCUACUAACAUACUUCUGGAUGAUACUCUAACAGCAAAGGUGGCAGAUUUUGGAGCUUCAAAGCAUAUUCCAGUAGAUAUAUCUAGGGUUACAACAAGGGCUCAAGGUACGAGAGGAUACUGGGAUCCUAUGUACUUUUACACAGGGAGACUCACCGAGAAAAGUGAUGUUUACAGCUUUGGAGUUGUCCUUGUGGAACUGCUAACUAGAAAGAAACCAUUUUCAUAUUCAUCCUCAGAAGACGAGGGUCUUGUUGAACAUUUUGUUACCUUGUUUAAAGAAGGCAAUUUGCUCCAGAUAUUAGAUCCACAAGUUAUUGAGGAAGGAGGCAAAGAAGUCCAAGAAGUGUCCUGUAUAGCAGUAGCAUGCGUACAAUUAAGAAGAGAGGAUCGUCCGACCAUGAGAGAAGUGGAGUUGACGCUUGAAGCCGCACACACAUCGAGAAAGCAAACUUUGGAUAUUGCAUUCCCAUCUACAAAAGUCGAAAGCAACAUUAAGGGGUCGACCAGACGACACAGUAUGGAACAAGAGUUCAUAUCAUCUGCAGAGUAUCCUCGGUAGUUUUGCUUUCAUGUACGUUAGAUGGACACACUUAAAAUUUAUAUUAGUGAUGCCCAUGCCCUCAGUUGGCUUAGCCAAAUUGUGCUUGACAAAUUUCCUGUCCUCCGGUGGUUGCUUUAUGUAGUUUAAACUAGCUUUUGUUUC